GCGGGAGUGAGGCAGCCGGUGCUCGGGAGGCGGGACAGUGCUGAGGAGAGCAGGACACAACUCUCUGCUUCCCAAUACACAGACAGCCAGAGCUUUGACACAUAGCACCUUGUAUGAUACACAGCACCUUGUAUGAUACACAGAACAUCCUCACAUCAUGGCUGCUAAACACCACGCCGAACACAGGAAAAUCUCAGAGCUGCAGACCAAGGUUGAUGAACUUCAGAAUACUAACCAAGGCCUAAAAGAGCACAUUCUGCACUUAACAGAAAAUAAGGUGGUUGUGAACAGUCAGGUAGAUACCCUGACCAGGAAAAAUGAACAGCUCUGCAAAGAACUCACAGAGAUAGACAAGAUGGCAGAGCAGCUGGAGAAAGAGAAGGAACAGACUUUAGAAGCUGCAGAAGAAGAACUGGAGAAAGUAAUGGUUGAAGUUAGAAGAAAACAAAAAACAAUUGACAGCUUAAAUCUCACAAUCAAAAAUCUAAAAUCAGAUGCUAACGUUACUAAAGAACAUUUAGAAAAAGUAGAAGCUGAACUCGAAGAAAGGAAACAAGAGAACAAAGCUGUAAAUGCCCUAUUAAAUCAGCUGCAGGACGACAACAGCAGAUUAAGCAAAAAAGUAGAAAGACUUGAGAAAACAGAAAAGAAGAACAUUUUUGUAACUGAAAAGAAUAAGGCAUCAUCUCCCUCUAAACUGGACUCAUUUGUUAAAAGCCUUGAGGAAGAAAGAGAUCAUUACAAGAGGGAAGCAGAGCAUUUGAGGAAAAUGCUUAGAGGUCGUAGUAGCAGUCCUAAACGCAGUCCCUCUCGGCAAAAGGUUGUUCAGGAAAGAGAUGACCUCCAGGACAUGCUAGCAAAGUAUGAACGACACAUGGCGGAAAUCCAGGCUAAUGUCAAAGUGCUGACAUCAGAGCGAGACAAAAGCAAUGCUCUUUAUGAGAAGGCUCAACAAGAAAUUACUCAGCUUCGAAGAGAGCUCAUGAGGUCUCCAAAGACACCCAAAGCCAGCUUAACUGCUCAAACUAUUCUGCGACGUGUGGAGGCUGAACGUGACAGCGCCAUUUCCGAUUUGCGCCGAAUGACUACAGAGCGAGAUAGCCUAAGAGAGAGGAUGAAGAUUUCUCAAGAGACUGCUAUCAAUGAAAGAGCCCACUUAGAACAAAGAACAGAGGAACUGGAAUCAACAUUUCAUGUAAUGGAAAGUGAACGAGUGGAGCAGAAGUCUAAGCUUUCUUUGAUGAAGGACGCAUUAUUCACUGUGGAAAAUGAACUGAAAUCAAUUACUAGAAGAGCAGCAGAUUUGGAAAAUGAAUUGAGGCAGCAAAAAUCUGAGUGUGAUACUUUAAGAUUAUUGAAUAACAAAACAGAGCUCUCCCUAGAAGAGACUCAAAGACGACUUUCAAUGAAACUAACUGAACUAGAAAAUGCCCAAGACAAAUAUGUGCGACUUGAAGGAACAAUUGAUAAACAAUCAAGCCAAGAUGUCAUCCAACAAGAAGAAAUAGCAAUACUCCGGAGAACAGUAUCUGAGCUGGAAAAGGAGAAGGACAGUUUAGUUUGCAGUGUGGAUCAGAAAACCGGAAAGAUUUCCACACUUGAAGAUAAUAUUUCUCUAAAGGAAAGCACUAUACAACGUAUGCUCAGGGAAAUGGAAGAUUCUACACGGCAAUCCUCAAAGACUAUAAGCAGCCAUGAACAGGAAAUCCACCGCCUGCGUCGGCAGCUGGAUGAGAUUAGUGAUGAAUUGUCUCGCACUGGAAGGGAGAGGGAAGUUGUUGUUCAAGAAAAUUGUGGUCUGCAUGACCAGCUAUCCAAGUGCAAAGUGGAAAUACAGACAUUUACCCAUAAACUAAAAGACUCUCAAAAUGAACUUCAGGACGUGAAGUUAAAACUGCAGGGAGCUAGGACAGAUUUUGCCCGACUUGAAACUUCAGUGAAUUCCAAAGAAAAAGAAAGCAGAGACCUUCUUGAAAAUUUUCGUAAAUCCUCAUCACAGGCAGAAAUAUGGGAGAAUAAGUUUUACCAGCUUGAAAAGGAAUUUAGUUCUGUCAAAUUAGACCUUCUUAAUGCAGAAUCUGAGCGACGGAAAUUUAAAGAGAGAGUCGAUUCCUUAGGAAUGGAAGUUGAACAGCAUAUUACCUCAGAGCAGUCCUACAAAUCUCAAUUAAGCAACAUAACCAAAUCAGCAGCAAGAAUGGAGGAAGAGCUGCGGCAGGUCAAAGCAGAAAAGGCUUCAGCCCUCAAUGACCUAGCCACUACACGAGAGCUUUGUGUUAAAUUAGAUUCUGGGAAAGAGUUUAUAAACCGUCAGCUCCAUGCCAAAACCCAAGAUGUGGAGAAGUUACAGAAUGAAUUGGAAUCUACUUUCUCUGAAAUAGAACACCUAAGAAAGCAACUUUCCAGUGAAAGAAUCUCUGUUAAGAACUUGGAGGCUAUAAUGGUCUCCAGCCAAGAGAAAGAAUUUCAGUCUCAAGUACGGGUCCAGGACCUGGAGUCAGAGCUGGAGCUGCUUGGAGAUAAGUUGAUGCUGGCAGAAACGAAACUAGGAAAUCAUAUUCGGGAAGCGGGACAACUGAAAAACAAGAUAGCUCAACAAGAAGCUGAGUUGGAAAUAACCAAAAAUCAGCUAUCUACAGAACGCUUUGAAAGGCAAGUGGAGCUUGCUGUCAAAGAGCUGCGCCGUCAAAACUUCCAAACACCAAACACUUCAAGGAUUUCACCUGAAAGGCUAUUCCGAUCUCCAGAGCGCCGAUCCAGGUCUCCAGAAAAAUCAUUUGACAGGAAUCUUCUGUUUAAAGAUUAUUAAGCAACGACUCCUGGUCAUCGUAGGAAAGAACAUGGGAACACCAGUUAAA